AUGACCGAUCUCCUCCCCGAGGUCGCCGGAACGCUCCUCACGAGCACGUACCGGACCACGAAGAUCGCAGGCAAGCCUGCCGACCCGACGCCGCAGGAGACCGGGUCAUGCUUCGACACCAGCGAGCCCAACGACGCCCGCGCGGGCGCCCACAAGUCCCUCCCGCGCAACCUCGUGCUCCCACGGUGGUCCAAGGACACGCUCUCGUAUGAGCUCCCCACGGAGCGGCCGAACCCCUCAGACUACCUGCGCCGUGGCGGCGGUAUCGCGCCCGGGACCGGCCGCCUCGUGGCCACGUCUCCGGACGGCCGCCCGCGGCCGUCGCCGCCCAGGGCGGGCGCGUUUUCGCGCCGUUCGAACCCCCCGAACACCGCCUUCCGCACCUUCUACGAGCGCGGCGACCUCCCCGUGUCGGUCGACCACAGCGGCGUCAAGAACGCCAUCAAGUGGAAGGUCGACCCGAAGCGGCUCGACUACCACCACUACCUGCCGAUUUUCUUCGACGGCGUGCGCGAGAAGGAGGACCCGUACCGGUUCCUGUCGGUCCGCGGCGUCGAGGACCUCCUGCGCGAGGGCGGCGCCAAGAUCCUGCCCGUGGUGCCGCAGCUGAUCAUUCCGAUCAAAACGGCGCUGAACACGCGGGACCCCGAGGUGAUGUGCAUCACGCUGCGGCUCCUGCAGAAGCUCGUGAUCUCCGCGGACCUCGUCGGCGAGGCGCUCGUGCCGUACUACCGCCAGAUCCUCCCCAUCUUCAACCUGUACAAGAAUAUGAACAAGAACCUCGGGGACCAGAUCGACUACGGUCAGAAGAACUACGACUGUCUGGGCGAGCUCAUUUCGGACACGCUCGCGCUGUUCGAGCAGCGGGGCGGCGAGGACGCCUUCAUUAACAUCAAAUACAUGGUGCCGACGUACGAGUCCGCGGUGACCUACUCGUGA